AGAUGACCAGUAUGACCAUGUUGACUCCAGCCUUCCUAGCCAACCUUCUCAGGCGGAACAGCUCGUAUGAAUACUGCAGCACAGCUCAGAAGCUCCAUCUGCUACAAUAUUUGCUGUCAGAACAACAAUAUGAAUCCCUAAAAGGUUUAAAACUAAUGCCACUGGAAAACGGCAGUUUUGUGAGAUUUGAGACAGUUGGCUGCGUUUAUAUGUGUAGUGAAAAAACAGCGAAGCUGAUCCCUGGGUGUGAAGAAAAUAUUGUAAAGUUGCACCUUUCUGAGGAAAUUGAAAAACACCUGCAACAGAUCAAAGACAACGGUACAUUCCAAGUAAAGGAUUUGGACAUCUAUGGAUUUGUUACGCUACUCCAGCAGUGUAUGGACCGUAAUCUCACAGACAGUUUUCAAACCAAAGUUUGGGAUACCGAGAUGUCUUCACUUCCUAAAGACUGGCUGGAGAAAGUCUGGUCCAUGCUGGCUGAACGGUCUUUGAUUGACUUCGAGAACCUACACCUGGUGCCAGAAAAAAACGGCAAGUACUAUCAUCUUCAUAGACUAUCGAAAUUAUUGAUUGUGAAAUCAAAUAAUUCCUACAGCCUUCCAGAAGAUCUGUGCAGAUCUAUGGAUCGGUUUUCUGUCACAGUCUUACCUGAAAAAUUCAUCAGUUUGAAAAGAAAUUCAAUAUUGAUGAAUUCGGCAAGAAAAGCUGGAUUCGUACCUACUUGUUGGGGAGAUUUAAGAAAACCAUCAGAACUUUACGAUCCUACUAUAAAGCAUCUGAAGGAAUUGGUAGACGAUGACUCCAUGUUUCCAGCAGAACCAUUCUCAUCACCAGAAAUUCUGGUUGGAUUACGUAUGUUAGGUUUGAAAACAUCCACCCCAUCCAGCGAUCUGAUCAACAGCUGUGUCAUUAAACUGGACAGAAAAGUAAGAGAAGGACAAACAUCAGUUUUGGACCAAGCAAACGCGGUGAACUAUUUCCUGAAACAACAGCCAAAUAUACUGAAUGGGUACCCUCUUAGGGACAAAAAGUUCCUUGUACCAAUGCACAGACCGACUAGUAGCUAUCCCACUGUCCUGCCCUGGUGUCCAAGUAAACACCAACUCUGUGCACCGGAAGAAUGUCUGCUAGCAACCACACAGAAUCAGCGAAUCGUUGGGUCUGCCAUCCCACUCAUUUCCAAAGAAUCGUAUGACUAUUUGAGGAUAACUUUUUCGUUAGAUGAACCAGAUGUUUCGGAUGUGCUUAAACAUCUGUUACAAAUCAAGCAAAGCUAUACAGUAAGGAACAAACCUGACUUGUUACCGUGUAUCAAUGAGGUAUACAACUUCCUAUCAAAACAGACGAGCACAUGUACAAGGCGGGAGAUAAGGGAAUUCCUUUCGACCGAAUCUUUGGUUUUUACAGGUGAAUCGUUUGUUGAAGUAAACGAUGUUUACACUACUCGCAGCCAAGAAGACAUCCCGCUAGAACCUUAUAUGUACUGUCUACCUUCAGAAUUUCUAUGCAUCAAAGACUUUUUUGAAGCGAUCGGUUGUCAUGGGAAACAAACUGUAGAAGUUCUUGAUAUUGUUCAGAAGAAAAUCAAAGCUAAGCAUGAUAGCCAAGUACGUGGUUCUAGGAAUGAUACGGAAAAGGACUUGAACAUAACUGUUCAAAUACUGACAUUAUACAAACGAGAUCCCGAGUGUGUUGCACAUCUAGAUAUCCUGUUUCCAGUCCACACAGGGUCUGAUUCAAGUCUGCAACUGAUGCCCGCGUCUGAGUGUAGAUACAGUAAUGAAGAAUGGCUGAAAACAAUGGCAGAGGAUGAUGAAGAAACCAUUCACUAUGUACAUGCUAAUAUCCCGUCACACACUGCCCAGGUCCUUGGUGUUCGUUCACUGACAGAGGGCCUUUUGAUCGACACAGAAGCUAUAGAACCUUGUGGUCAACAUGAAGACCUAACAGGGAGAAUCAGAGGCUUACUAGAUGGCUACACGGAUGGCCUGUCAGUACCGAAGGAGCUUAUUCAAAAUGCUGAUGAUGCCGCUGCCACAAAAGUAUGUUUCCUGUAUGACGAGCGUGAGAACAUGGAUUCAAGAACACGACUUAUAGACCAGAACAUGGCUGGGUUUCAAGGUCCUGCGUUAUGGACUUAUAAUGAUGCACAAUUCACUAAAGCGGACUUGCGAAACAUCACCAAACUAGGAGGAGCAACCAAACAAGAGGACGACACUAAAGUCGGGAAAUUUGGAUUAGGGUUUUGUUCCGUGUAUAACUUGACUGAUGUCCCAAGCUUCAUAACAGGCAGUGACAUCGUCAUUUUUGAUCCCCACUACAAGUAUUUAGGCAGUGCUAUUAAAGGGAAGGAACCAGGGAUUAAAAUCAACCUCAAAAGUAUGCAGAAUCAGAAGCUUGUUAGAAGAAUGAAAAAUCAAUUCCAACCGUUCAAUGGAGUAUUCGGCUGUGAUAUGGGAAAAGACUCAAUGGUAUAUGAGGGAACACUGUUUCGGCUUCCCUUGAGGACAAAGGAACAGGCAGGGAAAAGCGAAAUAAAGGAUACAGCUUACUCACAGUCAGAUAUGAAGGAACUUCUUUACAUGCUGAUGGAAAAUGGUGGAAACAUGCUACUAUUCACUCAAAAUGUAACAGAAAUAGAAGUGUAUCACUUGGCAGCAAAUGCCACAGAUCCGAGUCAGAAAACUCUUAUCUAUAAAGCUACGAAAGAUAUGGUGAGUUCAAAUACUCGGAACAUGCAGACUUCAGAUACAUUUAACAUUCUAAAAGAGAUAUCAGCAUUGUAUUUACCUGUUCGACAGAACGAUGUGGAUAUUGUAUCAACAGAGAAAAUUAUACUUACUGAUAUUAACAUACAGACGGAAGAAGCUACAAUGCUUAACAUGUCUUCUAAAGUGCAAGAUGCACAAACAUCUACUCGAUGGAUUAUCUCCUACGCAACAGGUACUUCGAAAUGUCUUGACAUUUCCAAGCAGACAAAUGGCGUGCUACCGCUGGCCGGCAUCGCUGUUCCAGUUCAGGUGAAUGAACACGAUGUUCAGAUACUGUCGUUGGAUAAGAUGCCAUUCGGAUUUUACCGGACGGGACAUUAUUUCUCCUUCUUACCACUUCCCAUUGCAACAGAACUUCCGGUUCAUAUCAACGCUACUUUCGCUGUAGCACCAGAUAGACGCUCGAUAAUGUGGGGAACAGAGGAUGAUAAAAUAGAAUUGUUCAAACCUCGAUGGAAUCAAGCACUAAUGACCGAUGCGGUUCCCAAUGCAUAUGUUUCUCUCCUUGAAAAACUGCACAACUACAACGGUAUCAACGACGAAGAAUAUAUGAACUGUUGGCCGAUAUAUCCGAAAAGUUCCGUUGAACUACAGAGCAUGCAGAAGGCAUUUCUGAUAAAACUUGUGAAUGAGAACCCUAAAGUGUUCAAGAGACAUGAAGUAUGGGCUGAAUUUCAAGAAUGCAAGUUUAUCUAUUCAAAACUUUUCAAAUCAAAUGAAGAUAUUGUCUUCAAAGCUGCGAUUCAUUUCUUGGAAACUAACAAACCUGAUGGGCAAAAGGUCAUCAGAAUGCGACAGGAUCUCAACAACGCCUUUAGCAACGCUGGCCUUGAAAGUACCAUCCAGACAAAAAUAUGUUCUGCAGAGGAAUUCUUCAUAGAGGUGCUUUUCCCAGAAAUUCUGUCAGAUUAUUGGGAACCAAGAGAAAGGAAUAUGCUUGUUAUGUUUGCCGUAGAUAGCAUCAGUGCUAAGACUAAGGAUUUGCUUCAAAAUUCAAAAUGCAUUCCUAUAGAACCGACAGGAGAAUUGAAAUGUCCUCAAAAUCUGGUGCAUCCUGAUAGUAAACUGAAGAAUUUGUUUACAACGAACGAAGGACGUUUUGUUCACAAGGAUAUGAUAGAAGCUGGGAUCAAGGAGAGAAAGGAACAGCUGUUAACUGUUGGAAUGAUAGUGGAUAGGUUACCAAACGAUCUGAUCGUAGACAGAAUAGAGAGUAUACAGGGACUUUCACAAGAUGUGGUAGGUGUGCUGUGGAAAGGUCCGUAUGAUUCACCGCUUAUUGAACAACUUAAAGACCUACCAUUCCUACCAAUCCUGAAGAAACCCAAGGACUGGACAUUUCCUUGGAAAGCAGAUUGCUUAUAUAUGGAGAACGAUUUAAAAAUGAUAGAAAAUGAGAACUUCUUUGAAUGCAACCAUGUAACAAAAGAAAAUGUACAGUUUGCAAAGCCAAAGAAUGUUUAUCUGACCUCAACUCAACAUCUCGUUGGCUCACAAGAGUUUGUCAUGGACAUGUCCGGCUACACAACGGUAGAUCAUUUGGGCGUCAUCGGAAAAAAAUAUGAUGACAUUCCGGUCAAAGUCGUUUGCCAACAUUUGGUUCAGCUUUGUGAAAGCAAAAACCAUAUAGAGAUACCAGAAGAAUCAAAACACUUACUCAAUACAAUUUGCAACACAGUUUACAGUUUUCUGAAUGAAAGAAUAGUAAACGAAACUGUUUCAGAAGACGAAAGCAAAUGCAUAGAAGAUUUGAAAGAACAUGCCGUCUUUUUUUGCCACAAUGUUUUUGUGAAGCCAAAACAAACGGCCCUCCGUAUAACAAUGGAUUGUGAACCUCAUCUUUUUGGAUUGCAGAACCAUCAUCUUGGAACUAGAUGUAAAAGUCUGGUACGUACGCUUGGAGUAAAAGACCAGUUCACUGCUCAUGACAUUUCAAAUGUGAUGUUGGAAAAGCAAGAUGUGAUAGGAAAUAGGCAGCUAACAGAGGAGGAAUUGGAGCUUUACAUAAAACUCAUCAAAGUCUUGGUAAAUUGUAUGGAGCGUCAGAAAAUUGAUUACCAUGAGGUUUCAGCACAUUUGUGCAUUCCAGAUAUAAACGGUUUUCUGUUACCUACUGCUGAUCUCUGUCUGAAUGACAAUGAGAAGAUAGGAACAACUGAAACAAUGAAAUUUGUCAAUGGAAAAAUUGGACCAGAUUUCGCCCGGACACUCGGUGUUAAGGCCAAAAUAAAACAACACUUCUCAGAUAAUACUUGGACCAUACCUUUUGGACAAAAAGAAGAGAUUACUACGAGGAUAAAAAACAUCUUGCAAGAAUAUCCUUGUGACGAGGGUAUCAUGAAAGAACUGCUCCAGAAUGCUGAUGAUGCACAAGCAACAGAGCUUCAAUUUAUCAUAGAUUCAAACACCUACUCUUCCGAAAUGGUGUUUAAUGAUAAAUGGAAACCACUACAAGGCCCUGCUCUUCUUGUAUUCAAUGACAGCACGUUCAGUUCCGAGGAUAUUCAAGGAAUCCAGGACCUAGGGAUAGGCAGCAAAGGGGAAGAUCCAACAAAAACUGGACAAUAUGGUGUUGGUUUCAAUGCUGUAUACCAUCUUACAGACGCGCCUUCCUUCCUAACAAAAGGCCCUGAUGUUAAGGGAGGUGAAACAAUGUGCGUCAUGGACCCAUGCUGCCAGUUUUUAUCAAAUGCCACAGAACAGCGACCAGGAAUACAGUUUGUGAAUUUAUCUGAACACAGAAAGCUAUAUCCAGAUGUUUUCAAAUGCUACCAUGCAGAUAAGCUUUUAUCGGACAGAGGAACAGUUUUCAGAUUUCCACUGCGGUUGGAAGACAAAACAAUACAUCAUUUAGCAGGUCCAAUGUCUUCAGAAAAACUCGAGGAUUUGUUCAAAACAUUUGAGAGGGAACUUUUACAAACAUUGCUUUUUGUGAGAUCAGUAAAGACAAUUUCCUUGUCAGACAUUUCUUCUGGUCAAAGAAAGACUCAGUAUAAAGUUCAAGCUAUCAUCUCUAGAGGGGACGAGGAAAAACGAAAAGCUUUCGGAAACUAUGUACGGGAUAUUAACAGUAAAAUAAGAGACAAAAAAGAUUUAUCAACUGUACAAAAUGAGAGCGUGUCUUACAACGUCACCGUGGAAGACAGUAAUGGUGUUAAAAACACUUGGCUGAUUGUGCAACAGAUUGGUUUCGGAGAUGGUGACAUCCCCACUCAAGUAACAGAAGCAUGCAAAAGAGGAGAACUGCGACUUUUACCGAUAGGUGGUGUAGCUAUUCUUUUAUCAUCGCAUAAAAAUUAUGGAAGAUGCGUGGCAAAGCAAAAACACAGAGCAUUCUGUUUUCUACCGCUGCCAUUAACAACUGGUCUUCCUGUCCAUGUGAAUGGACAUUUUGUUUUAGGUGGAGACACUAGAAGUAAUGUAUGGAAUGAGGAGAGGAAAACGUUUAGAUGGGACUGGAAUAAACUUCUUUUGGUUCGGGUCAUACCUAUUGCCUAUCUCAGAGGUAUGGAGAUAGUGAAACAAAUGCUUCUGACGGAUGAUAGAGAACCCGGUCUUGUCAGAAAGACCAAACAGCUUGAUGAUUUAUUUCCUAUUUUAAAGGAUGCAAGCGAUGAAAACUGGAACUUGCUAGCGAAAGAAAUUUUGAAUAAGAUAUAUGAUGGCCGUCAUGAAUUGUUCUACUUAAAUCGUGCACAUGGAAGCAGUGUCAGUGAACAACAACCAUUGUUUGUGCCUCUACAGCAGUAUGAAGAACCCUUUCCUGCUCUAUUUAACACCCUAGCCGACGCAAAAGUGAUGCAUUUGGAUAACUGGAAGAAGAGAAAGCAAAUGAAGCAGAUUAUGCAAGAUAUUGGUCUGAGGCUUCUCGAUUCACCAGUCAAAAUUCUACACAGUAUGAAAGAUGCCGGAGUACCCGUUUCAGAAAUAUCCCCGACAAUAAUUUUGGAAUUUUUGAAAUCCUUCAGCAGGACAGAUAUCGAACACAAAUGUAACAUUGUGAUUCGGGAAGAUGGCACAGACUUGUCAGAUACCAGUCUUCAAAAUGUGGGAAAUGUGCUUAGAUUACUAGAAUACUGCAAACGCAGUGACGAGUUCACCUCGGGGAUUAUUGGCGUGCCCUUGUGUUUGACUCAGGAUGGGAAACUACGAGUGUUCAAGGAGGACAGUGAUAUAUUCUGCAGUGAGCAGUUUUCUAUGUUACCCAACUCCGCAAAUCGGUUUCUUCAUCAUUCAUUAGUUUGUCUUCUUGAUGAAGACGAAUUACAAGGAACAAUAUUCAAACUUUUUGAUAUCCAUUCUUUUGCCGUGUACUUGUCAGAAAACUUGAGUCCUGAAAAGUUUAGGAAUCCCGGGAAAAUGGUGGACUGGUAUCCCAAGAAUGAACACAUUCCCAAUUCAUCAUGGAUCUGCAAGGUAUGGGAGUUUUUGGUAGAACAGGAAGAGAAAGGCGAUUUAGAAGAAGCUUUGAGGAAGCUUGGACUUCCCCUCCUUGAUACAGAUAUAUUGGAUAACUCAUUUCUCUCAGCGCUGUUACCGCAUGACAAAAAACCGGCUAUGGUUUUGAACUGUUUAUUCCGACACUGCACUGAAACAGGAUUUCAAAAUAUUUCAAACAAGACUGCUGACGUUAUUUUGGAAUAUUUUGUGAACAAUAUCAAGGAGGUACGGAAGCUUGAGAAUUGGAUAAUGAAACUGAAGUCACUUCCGCUGCACCUGACAAUACACGGGGAGCAUGUGUCACUUGAGUUGGAGAGUAAUGUUCUGGUUCUUCCAAAUCAAAUACCACCAGAUGGGAUUAAAGAAUGGGGUCGAUCUUCACGAACACUGCUUUUGAAACAAAACCUUACGCUGCAGCCAAUGUAUGAUGCCUUUGAUUACACGGAAAGUAGUGUGUACGAUGUUUACACAAGUCAUAUCUUGGCCAAUGUUGAUUGUCUUCCCAGAGAAAGCAUUCAUGUCCACUUGAAAUACAUCCGGAAUAUCCUUUUAUCAACAUAUGAUGGUCAAUACGGGUCCGAACAGAAAAACUUGAUUGCUGCCCUACAGAAAUCGAGAAUUUUUUGCACAAAAAGAGAAGGACUCAGACGUGCAUCUGAACUGCAUAGCCCGCAUGUUAAACUUUUUCGGAUCAUGAACAAUGAUCAGCUGCGCUUUCCAAUGGCACCUUAUGCUGAACCAGCAUGGCGAUUAUUUAUGGAACUCAUUGGUAUGGUCACGGAAGCAUCUACUGAGUUGAUUAUCCAUUUUGCUCGUCAGAUUGAAACAGAAGGAAGACAUACAAUUACGGAUGAGGUGUCGGACAAAUGCAACAAUUUACUUGAAUGCAUCUGGCGUAUCGACAAGUUAGAGAAUAUGGAUUUACUCUCAAGAAUUCGGACUAUAAAGUUCAUUGUACCAUCAACAAUAUCUAGGAAAAAUCAGAACAUUUACCCACAAUUCCAAUCCGGAAAAUUAAUGUCAUUUGAAGGAGCUGUCCUUAAACGGCACACAUAUUUGGUCUGGAGUAGCUGUAACAUCCUUCCAGACAUAGCUGACCCAUUCAUUCACUAUGGCAAGAAGAACCCGGAUGCAGCAGCAAGACAACUCAAGGUGUUCUCAGAAAAACCACCAUUUGAAAAGGUUAUUCAGCACACACAAAAUAUAUGUGAUGCACUGAAAGAACAGUGUGAAAAGAAUCACUGGCGAAAGGAGGGUAUAUAUCUUGAAAGUUUGAUGUGCGAAAAUCUAUAA